UCGGCAUGUCUCUGCAUGGGUUCGGUAUUCUCCCACAGGGCUCAACCUCUGUUUACUUCAUCAAGAGUAUCUGGGAGGAUCCAAGGACCUCUGCCUUUUGAUACUGCGCCUAAUUGCCUUCGGACACUUUUGAGGACCGUUUGCUGAGGAGAAUUGAUUAUGGCCAGUUUCCUGUACUUUAUCCUUCCGGCCCUAGGUGGCUACACCCUGACGUCGCUCUACCUGUUGAAGAACCCUCAGAUCCUCCACAAGAAGAAACGGGCUGCCUUCCACUGCACCCACAUCUCACACAGAGGAGGAAGCGGCGAGAGGAUAGAGAGCACCAUGGAGGCCUUCACACAUGCGGUGGAGCAGGGUACAGGAAUGCUGGAGCUGGACUGUCACCUGACCCGGGAUGGUCAUGUGGUCGUGUCACAUGACGAAAACCUCCUGAGGCAGACUGGCCAUGAUGUCACCAUCUCCUCCCUAAACCUAGAGGACUUACCCUUGUAUAAGGACAGACUGGAGGUCACAUUUAAUGCAGGCCACUACAGCACCGGUACAGACAGGAAGUUCACCCUGUUGGAGGAAGUGUUCAGGAAAUUCCCUAAGAUGCCAGUCAACAUCGAAAUCAAAGAAGACAACAGCUUGCUGAUGGAGAAAGCGUCCAACAUGGUGAAACAGUAUGAUAGAGAGGACCUUACAGUGUGGGCGACUGUAGACUCUACCAUUAUGAAAAAGUGCCGCAGAUCUAACUCCACCAUGCCCUAUAGUUUCAGUAUGAGACGAGGGCUGCAGCUGCUCCUCCUUUACUACAGCGGCCUGCUGCCCUUUGUUCCGCUGGGAGAGAGCUUCCUGCAGUUCUACCUGCCCCGCAUCAUUAACAGAACAUAUAUUCCUGAGGAGCGUCUUCUGAAGAACAGAAUGGUCAUCUAUCUGAUAGAAAAAUUAACGAUGAGGAAGAGUCUAUUCAAACAUCUGGCCAACAGAGGAAUUCAGGUGCACCUGUUCGUCUGCAACGAGGACCCUGACAUCGAGGCGGCGUUCGAAGCAGGAGCCACAGGCGUCAUGACAGACUACCCCACCCUCCUGACUGACUACCUACACAGACACAGGAGUCAAGACUGACAGCCCAAACCUCCAAUCAAACUACUAAUUCACAAACAGGUUCUUAACUGACAGCUCGAGCUACCUAUCAAGAGACCUCCACUCGUACAUUGUGUAUCACCGAAAGAACCACACUGAAAUCGCAAUUUUACUUCACAACUCCGGUCUCCACCAAUGAGCAGAAGGACAGCUCUGUGAGGAAGUUGCCCUAAAAAGCACAGAUCCAAGACCAGCAUAACUUUCCGAAAUCCCAACCUUAACCAAUAGAGGGACAAACACAUAACCAAUCUCUGAUCAAUGUCUUUAGGCAACUUCAUUCCAUCUACACAAAAGUAUGUCACUUACACUUACUGUCUUUUGGUUAAUGGAUUGUGGCCAUACAUUGAGACACUGUUCAUCUCUCUCUGCAACCUUCCCAAACCCUAAUGGAUCUGUCAGUGAAUGUCUGGAUGUUGUUGGGAGGAGAAGUGAUUUCUUUAAGUAUAUAUCCUUGAUGUUUUCUCAUGGUAUUAUGACAUUUACAUAAUGGAACUGACUUUUGGGGUAUUUAAGACAUGCUUUACAAAUUGUAUGUUUGUCAAUGCAAAGAUGAUUUAAAUAAAUACUUGUAUACCGUAAUUUCCGGACUAUAAGCCGCUACUUUAUUCCCACACUUUGAACCUCG